AAUACUCCCAGCAUCACCACCAUGGGCGUGCGGGGACUUACGACGUUCGUACAGGCCUACCAAGGCUCAAUAUCUGAGCUGCGAGAAUAUGUCGUCUCCCAAUCGUCCUCCUCCUCAUCAUCAACGCCUAGCGUCACCACGACUCUCGCCGUCGACGCCCUUGCUUGGGUCUUUGAAAUCUGGCUGACCAACUUUGGUGAUGCAGUGCAAGGUGGGAACUACCAAGACAUCACAGAGCACAUCAAGGAUGUCAUACACGCUUGGAGACUCGCCCACCUCGAGCCCGUCUUCAUCUGGGAUGGCGCCAUCCCCGAGCUCAAGACACAAACCGUGCUCUCAAGACGAGGAAGUGUCGCCGCCCUCAAUUCAGCUUUCAUGCGCUCUUCGCCCUCCACGCGCGCAUCCAAACGCUUCCAGGCUGAAUGCUGCAGCCUCCCACCUUUGCUCAUCGACUGCGUACGGGACGUUCUGCGCUCCCUGGGUGUUGAAAACAUCGCCGUAGAGGCAGAGGCAGAUAGUGCCGUCGCGGAGCUAGCGGAGCAAACUGGUGGGCUCGCUGUCAGCAAAGACUCGGACUACUUUAUCCUCUGCUCAAGAGGAGCGGGAAGGGCGAGAUAUGCACCGCUAGAUACGUUUGAGUAUUUGGUGGAGCAGGCUCCCGUUGAGGGUCAAGAGCAAGCAGCGGAAGCUAUGGAUGACAAUGACGGCUUUGAGGCAGUCUCGAGAGGCCGUCGCAAGAAGAAGGCUGCCCCGUCUCCGAGCAAUGGCUCCUCCUCGUCACGCAUCACUGCUCUCGACCAGCCCCCCUCUCGCUCCACCCUCCUCUCCGGACAACUCAUCCUCAAGUCAAUACGAGCGCGCGCCUUCUCCUCGCAUGCACUAGCCGCCCGGCUCAAGCUGCCGGCGCCUCUCCUGCCGCUCCUCGCCUCGGUAGUGGGAAACGACUAUUCGACAACCAAGCAGGAAUCGCUGCUGUUCCGACACAUUUCCAACUGGGCGGAUAGAAUACAAGAGGCGGCUGCGGUCAUCAGGCUGGAGUGGCACUCCUCUCUUGGUAUUUCCAAACGGCCAAUCGCACACGCCCAGGCGCAUCCGGGAGGCUUGCAGGCGCGGAUCGCUGCAGAUCGCAGAAGAGCCAUGUUGGCCGGGGGCGAUGACGACAGCCGCAGCGAGACGUCCGUCGCCUCAUCAGGCACAGCCACGCCUGCACAGCUUCGCUUCUCUGACCUCGACCAGUCCCCCGUCAUGGACCCUGUACGUGCUCUCGUCACCGCGACGCUCAACGCGCUACUGAAGCGCAGCGACACAGCGUUGCACAAUGCCCACUACGUGACCGAGGGAGAGAAAGAAGCGGCCGUCCAGUCCAUCAUCGAUGGAGUGGCCGCGUACUCGCUCAUGAUCACUCAACGGGGGGCGCCUAAUCUCCUUGCAAAUCCGGUCGCGCUACUCCACCCCACGAAGGCGAGGGGACGACCGGCAGACGUUGAUGAGGCGAUGCAGCUGUAUCGCGAAGCGUUUUCGAAACUGGACUUCCCGCCCGAGCAUGUGGGCGUAAUGGCUCAACGCGUCUUCUUUGCUGUGCUGGCGCCGGAAGAUCCUGAUCUGAAGAGUGUGCAUGUCGGGGCGGCUAGGCGGGUCAGGCAGUGGAUCUACGCCGUGCUCUUUGAUGUGUACGGGAUGAAUUGGGCGAGGGAGGAAAUGGCAGAGCCGGUCACAGAGGGGAGCAACGAGGAGGUCGACGACGACAAUACAGCCGACAGUAUCAACGGAUCCUACGGUCGAGGAGGUGUCUUGGGACCACCACGUUACAAGGAAGGCGAAAAGCCAGACGACAUCAUUAGCGUCGAUACCGAGUCGACGCUCAGCGCGCAGGCCAAUGUCGACGAUGAUGAUGACGACGACGAUGUCAGGUCCCUGGUGGACGAGAACCCUUCAUCUCCUCUGGCAUCCGAAGCGAUCAAACCACCUCCCGCCGUCAGGGAGUAUGUACGCAAGGGCGAUCGCUACGUCGGCGAGCUGGUGGAGAUCGUCGACCUUGAGAGCCUUCUCAACGAGGCUUCGGCUUCGAAUGGGCAGUUGCCAGCCAGCCUUACCGCACUUUUGGGUCAGUAUGCAGCAGCUAAGGGCGGGGUUUCCAACGGUCACUCAGACGAAGAGCCACACGUCGACCCGCCGCCACCCCUAGCACCUCUGCUCCCGCUACACGCUCGCCUUGACCUAUACCGCCUCGCACUGCAGUCCACCGAUCUGCAAGCGGGGACGGUCCCGCUUUCCUUGCUACCUCUCGCCGCCUGUGUUCGUCACCUCGUAGCCUCCAUCACCCAGGAAGCAGGUGAGAGCAAGCGCAGGCUCAACUGGACGAAGGCGGAGAUUGUCUCUGCUAUUCGGGCUGGGUGUCAAGCUCUCAGACUAGCUUCAGAAGGACGGCUGGUACUCGACAAGGAGCACUGGGUCUCACAACCGUCGGUGCGUGGUAUUCAUCUCGCAUCGACCCUCCAGCUCAUGCUGCGUACGGCGCAUGACCUCAGUCGAAGCCUGCUACUCCCUUCGUCGGGCGAUGCUGCGGACCUCGCUCCGCCUCACCUCCUUUUCGACGGCCCGCUCUUUCAGCUCCUCCUCGAGAAUGACGGAAACGCAAUCGAGGCCAUGGGCCUUUCGAAGGAUUGCAAGGCUGAGGCUGCGAGUGUAGUCAAGGCUGUCUUGCAUGGGUACGAGGACGAUCUAGGGUUGGACGGUGAGGAGCUCAAGAGGCUGAGAAGAGAGGCCAAGAAGGCGCGCAAAGCCGCGGGCGAGGGCGCGAAUGGCGUGAGCUCGCAGUCAUCCAAGCAACGGCCCGGUCAGCAGCAGAAGAAUCUCUUUGACUUGCUAGAUGGUGGUAGUGGCGGGCCUGGCUCUCCAUAGCGUUGUGACGACGUUAAUUGCACUGUAACACGGUAGCUGGCAUCGCAGGCGUGUCUUCGGCCUAUUUUGAAAUCGAACCUGCCAUUCGUUUUCCC